CCAUUGCUCCUUCAGUCUCUGCGGACGGGCCUCCGCCGCGCGGUCUGUGGCGGCGCGCUGCACUUCAAACUCUCCCUCCGCGCGCUCUGCCGCCCGUUCCCCUCCGUACCCCAGGCCUGGGGCCUGUGGGCGCUCCUCGGCGCCGUGACGCUCCUGCUUCUCAUCUCACUGGCUGCACUCUUGUUCCAGUGGACCCGCGCCCGCAGCGGGAGCCGGCCAGGGGACGCAGGCUCUGGAGCGUGUGUGGAAGAGGCGCCCCUGUAUGGGAACCUGCACUAUCUGCAGACAGGACGGCUGUCCCAAGAGCCGAGGCCGGGCCAACAGGACCCGUCCCCUGGAAGCUCUGCCAGGGUUGCAGAGGAGGCGAUGUGCUACACCAGCCUGCAGCUGCCGCCUGCCCAGGGCCGGACCCCCAGCCCUGGGGCUCCCAUCAAGUACUCCGAGGUGGUGGUGGACUCUGAACCAAAGCCCCAGGCUGUGGACGCAGAGCCGGAGCUCUACGCCUCAGUGUGUGCCCAGACCCGCAGAGCCCGGGCUUCCUUCCCAGACCAGGCUUAUGCCAACAGCCAGCCCGUGCCCAGCUGAUGGGGCCUGGCAGUGGGGGCAUGCACGGCCUGCGCCCCCAUUACAGAGGCUCCUGGCACUCUGUUUGGGGUGUGCCUGUUUCCCAGCCAUCCCUGAGGACAGCCAGCCGCUGCCCAGUCAGAGGUGACGAUCUACCCAGAACCUCCUACCUACGCUGUGAGGGAAGCAUCUCAGGGUACAGCACAGCAGGCCCUGGCUUCCCGAGGACGGAGCAGCAAAGGUAGUGGCCCCAACCCCACUUUUCUACCUAUUCCUCUCAGCCCCAAAGUCCCAGGGACUCACUUCCUCCUCCUUCCGAAUCAACCAGAGCCUCCCCACCCCCUCCCUCAGCGCCUACCCGACACUAGGUGUCUUCUCAGGCACCGGAAGUGGGCAGCCAGCAGGGAGGGGUAAGAGCCCCAGAGGAUGUGGGUGGGUGUCAUCUCUGGGAGCCCACAGACUGGAAGGGUCUUAAGGACCUGUAGACCUGAACAGUCCAAGCCUGGCUUCUGACUCGAGGACCCUGGCAGGAAAAUACGGUCUCCAUGCUGCUGUCUCUGUCAUGUCCCCUACUUUUCAAAUAAAACUUUUCUAAAUGGG